GAGAGAAACGGAAUGGUCGACUUCCGUCCGUUUCCUCAGAGAAAAUGUACUAUUUCUCGUCUUUCAAAACUUAAACAAUAAAGAGAAUAGUUUUAAAAUGCCAGUCAUGACUGACUUGAAUAAUCACGACCACGAUGUUGGGGAAAUUUUGGUUCGGGUUCAGGAAGAUCUUCACCAGCUUAAGGAGCGACUGUUGAGUCAGGUUCAGAAAGAUGGCGGGGGUAUGGAUGCAACCUCCAUCGAGGAGGCAAUGCAGAAGACAGAAGAGGAAAUCAGGCUAAAGACCGAAAACUUGGUGAAUCAGAUGAACAAUCGAGUGCUGACCCUACCAUCUCUAGAAUCACAAGGCCAUGGCAAUCAGCAUACAACCAGUGAGACGACUUGGGAUCUGAAAGAUGUAACGAAAGAUAAUAAAGUUAGGAGGGCAUCAAAUGAACAGCAGGCUUUGUCAAGAAAACCUUUCAUUCUUCCAAAGGAAAAGAUACAGACACAUGGCCUCACUCCAGCACAAGUGCUGAAGACAGGACACAAUGUGAAAGCUAUCCAUAACCCUUACAACCCUCAGAAUCGGAAUGUCCUCCACGACAACUAUGGCAUCCAACUUCCACUCAUCGUUGACAAGAGACACAAUAGGGUGGCUGAACAGAAACCAGUUCAUGGGUCAACAAUCGAACCUCUUGCUAUCUUACCUAAGGCAAACAGAGUGGAUCCUCAGCUGGUACCACCCCCCAUCUCUGAUACAGACGCCAAGAAGGGAAUCUUAAAUCUGAUCGAGAGGGGUCUCAUCCCUCCUGCAGCAGAGCUGACACUCGAUCCCUCCCCAGUAAGACAUAGGACGGCAGCACUGCAUGACCCAGUGGAUAAAGAUAGGAAGAGCGCACUUCUUGCAAUAACUGAUAGUGGAUACAACUUUGCCAGCGUGAAACUUGACACGAGUGUAAAAGGUUCCGAGAGUAUGUCCUCCUUACAACAUCGACGCUCCCAGGUAACCAUCAGUCGUGAUGUCAAGUCUGCUGAUAUGUCAAGCGCAAGAACUUCCAAAACGCCAGCUGCUGUACGGACGUUUGAGAUGCCCCUUCAUCCAUUGAAACCAUUCCCGCAUUUUCUACCUUUGCCUAUUGAAGAAGAGCCACCACCAACCACACCAGCGAGUAACGAAUUCAGACAGACAAGCCAUCGGUUUGCCAUCCAACAUGGAAAGAUCAGAGACAAUACGCCAGAGUUCCUAGCAUUCAAACAGCACUACUGUCUGUCGUGGGGAAGCAAUGUAACCAUAAUGCGCCACCUACAGAAGAUGCUCAUUGACCAUGCCAUCCCACUUGCCUUUAUUGAUGGAGAUAAACUUGCCGACCUUGCCCAGGAGUUUGAACUUGAGAAGACACCGACUAUCGAUGAUCUAUUAUCUGUGAUAGUAAACAGUGAAGAUGUGGAAUCGCUCAUAAAAAGACCAGGGAGGAAGUUCCUUGGUCCAGACGGUCAAAGGAAGGCCGCAACUGUCAUCCAAUCAUUCUUCAGGAGGCAUCGGGACCGCACUAAGUAUUUAGCAUACAGGAGACAGAAGUGGGCGGCGGGAGUGAUAGCCAUCUCAUGGAUCAUGAACGUCAAGAUGGCAAACGUCCGUCGACAGUUGAAGAAGACGCGGCUAGAUUAUAUUGAAUCAUUUAAAAAUAGGGCCAAGAAAUUAGCAUCGUCGUGGGAUAGAGUGAGAAACUCGCGUCGCGUUGUGAUCCACGUACCAUCUCUUGGGGUGUCACAGAACAUCCGUAACUCAAUCACCGAGAUGGGCAUCAGACAGAACGUGCAGAUGGGUAGAUUAUGUGACAUCAGCGAUCCAAAUGUCGAUGUGAUCUACAUCUGCCCUGUUGCCCUGAAUGACGAGACCAUGCAGUAUUAUGCCAAGUUACUGGGCUUGAGGAAUGCCAUCGAUACGGGAAGCGUGGAAGAGCAGAUGGAUGUCACAGACAGAUACAAAAUUAUCGUUCCAGAGGCAACAAAACAUUUCCCAACUCACAACAUGUGCUUGUCAUCCCUUCUGAAAUACAGUCCGCGGACUCUCCGCAGGAUAAAGAACUUGGUGCGUGGAAGGAACGCAUACAUCGUACCUGGCGUUCCCCACAAGGAUGACUUGGCUGUUGCAGAGAAGUUAGACCUCCCUAUUUUAUGUCCGGAGCCAGAGGUGGCGAGGUUGUACUCCACAAAAUCUGGGUCGAAGAGAAUAUUUGCUAGUGCUGCAGUACAGGUGCCUCCGGGAGAGUAUGACGUUUACAGUUUACCCCAACUCCAUGAAUGUCUUGCAACUCUCAUAACCGAGAAUCUAGGUGUGAAGCGAUGGUUGUUCAAGUUGGAUGAUGAGUUUGAUGGACGAGGGAUUGCCUAUGUUGAUAUUCCAGGAAAUCUUCGGUGCUAUAAUUGGGCUGUGAAAGAAUCUCUGAGAUAUGGGGAAAAGUGGAGCAAGAAGUGGGCACAGGAACCGGCCUAUAUCAAGAUCCACGCAGAAGUCCCAGAACUCUUGUCAAACUUCGCCAAACCUGUCAACAAAGUCUAUGCCACGUGGCAGAAGUUCAUUGAUGCAUUUCUGAGUCAAGGUGGUGUUGUCGAGGCCUGCCCUCCCUCUGAAAGUGUAACAGCAUUGACCGUCAACAUGUUUAUCGAGCCAAGUGGCAAAAUAACCAUGGUGUCCAUGGGUGACCAGAUUAAGGCCGAGACACCGUACCAGUGCUGGGGUCUCUCGGUACCACAGUCCUCAGUUGAGCCAGCAGAUCUGAACAAAAUCUGUAACCAGGUCGCUGAGGCGUGCAAAGCUCGUGGAGUAGUUGGAUACUUCUCCGUCGACUUUGUGACCUUCAUUGAUGCGAAGACGAUGGAACAGGCCAUUUGGGCCGUCGAUCUUGACCUGUGUUAUAGCGACACGGCAGCGAUGACAUCAUUGAUGCACUUUGUGACCAACGCAACCCUGGAUCCGCUGCAGCAUACACUUGAUAUCCCACCCCCCAUUAAGGAAGAGAAGAGACAGCGGAAGUUACGCUUCAAGAAAGUUGAAGAAGAUGAGCCUCCAGUAACCAGUCGCUUUGCUGUAAUGAGUACUCGCCUCCUCCAUUCAAAUCUUGCCGUCGUACACUACAGUGUGUUCUUCCAGAUGUGUCGAGCACAUGGGAUCGGCUAUGACAUCAAGGAGAAACAGGGCACGGCCUUCACACUCGUUGAUAGUUUCAACCGGGAGAACCUUGGAAUGUUAACUAUUGGUGACAAUCUUCAAGGAGCUCUGGCCACAUUUGCCCGGAAUAUGUCGGUCAUCCACCAGGAGAUCUCAGCUCCCAAUAUGCAGGGAGACACCAACUUUAAGGCUGCCAUUGAAGAUAUUGAGGGAAUUCUAGGAACCACAAUACAGAAUGCAGAGGAAAGUGAGAGUGGUCUUGAAGAUGUCGAAAACUGAAUCCUGGCUAGGGUUGUUAUAAAUGCUUAAUGUGGUGUUAUUCACCUUUUGCCGUCAGUGAGUCCACUGGAAUCGCUGCCGAGAUAGUGAAAUUGUUGUUUUGAACAGAUCUGUCCAAGCCAAGAAGAACUCAGUAUAAACUUGAACACUUUUUAGUUUUGAUCAGGUUUUAAAAACUUUCUACAGCAUUCCGCUGAAUUUAGUUUGCUGUUAUUGACAUGUAUUCAAAACUUUUUGCACUCAUUAUGUAAUGCCUUUUAUUACUCAUUGAACCCAAAGUACCAGUUUUGUGGUGAUAGUCCUUUAAAUCAGUCUCUACAAAGGGUAAUAAUAGAAACACUCCGUCCACAUCAGUUAUGUAUUAAAGUAGCUUAAAUAUUUUCCUAUUUAAUUUGUUCAUAUCUAACUUAUGCCAUUAGAUGAGAGCUUAUUGUUAUAUAUUUGUAUAUUUGUUUCAGACUUUGUACAUUCUAUGUAAAUAUUGUGUGAUGCUUGAAUUGACAUCAACCAGAAAAAUUAAAAUGAAGUUGU